AAUGUCUCAAUGCUCACUGUGACGGACCUGAAUCGUACGGCUGUACCCUUGCAGCUCAUCAUCGCUCAACCGUUCUCCGGCUGAUUUUCUCCCGUUGACGGCUCCAUAGAAUUAUCUCAAUUUCACGAAAGAUAAGGUCUUCAUAAGUUUGUUGUGUGAAUGGCUGCAUCUUCUUCUCGGUUGCUCCGUGGUUGUUCAUUAUUGGGUAGCCUUUGUAACAACUCUGCCUUGUUCACGAGAGCAUCACCUGAGAUUAUAUCCAAUAAUGAUUUAUUCACACAGCAACUAAGAACUUUUAUACAAAUGAGGACCAACCUCAAAGUGGUAGACAAUUCGGGUGCAAAAAGAGUUAUGUGCAUACAAGCAUUGAAGGGCAAGAAAGGAGCAAGGUUGGGCGAUACAAUAGUUUGCUCAGUAAAGGAAUCCCAGCCAGGUGGGAAAGUGAAGAAAGGAGAGGUUCACUACGGCGUAGUUGUUCGUGCUGCAAUGCCAAGGGGCCGCUGUGAUGGGAGCGAAGUGAAGUUUGACGACAACGCUGUGGUGCUUAUCAACAAGCACGGAGAGCCAAUUGGUACCAGAGUUUUCGGCCCCGUUCCCCACGAGCUUAGGAAAAAGAAGCACAUCAAGAUUCUCAGCCUCGCAGAGCACAUUGCCUGAGGAAAUCAGUGGCCUUAAUGGCCAAAAUAGGGCAGUUGAAUUGCAGGUCUCUGGCGGUGCGAAUAUUGGCCAAACUCUGGCAGCGAAUAUUGUUCCGAUGGUGGGACCUAGACAGCCGGCGGUGAAUGGUGGUUCUCGUAGCCCCUCAAUUGGUGGUAAUUUUCGUUUGCAGCAAUCGACAGCGGAAUCCGAUAUGCCAGUCAUCUAUAAAAUGCAGGCACUCCCAUUUCUCCUCAACCACCGAUGGCUUUAGCAGAACCCCACCUCUCUCUAUAUAAAUUAUACGCUAUGUGUACUGUAUGCUGACUUCAACAAACCAUGAAUUAUAUGCCCUGUGUAUUGUAU